CGACAGAGCGCAGCGCGGAGUGCGGUGAAGUGCUCUUGCUCUAGUCUCCGCCUCUGCCAGCACCACCGCGGAUGACGUUAAACAACAAAGAUGGCAGGAGGAAACAGCAACUAUUGGGAAGACCUGCGGAAGCAGGCGAGGCAGCUGGAGAACGAGCUGGAUCUGAAGCUGGUGUCCUUCAGUAAGCUGUGCACCAGUUACAGCAGCUCUCGGGACGGCCGUAGAGGAGACAGUUCGGAUACAACACCUUUGCUCUCCAACUCGACUCAGGACAGAAUGUUUGAGACCAUGUCAGUGGAGAUUGAGCAGCUACUUGCAAAACUUACAGGGGUGAAUGACAAGAUGGCUGAGUAUACGAGCACGCCGGGAGUAACAUCUCUGAAUGCUGCUCUAAUGCACACUCUCCAAAGGCACAGAGACAUCCUGCAGGACUACACACAUGAAUUUCAUAAAACCAAAUCAAACUUCAUGGCAAUCAGGGAGAGAGAGGAUCUUUUGGGAUCUGUGCGAAAAGACAUUGAGACAUAUAAGAGUGGCUCGGGGGUGAAUAACAGGCGGACAGAGCUCUUCCUGAAAGAACAUGAGCACCUGAGAAACUCGGAUCGGCUUAUCGAUGACACAAUAAGCAUUGCAAUGGCAACUAAGGAGAACAUGACCUCCCAGCGAGGUUUGUUGAAGUCUAUACAAAGCAGGGUCAACACCCUGGCCAACCGUUUCCCUGCCAUCAAUAACCUAAUACAGCGGAUCAACUUAAGGAAGAGACGGGACUCAUUAAUUCUGGGAGGAGUCAUCGGCAUCUGCACCAUCCUUCUGCUGCUAUAUGCGUUUCACUGACGGACAGGGGAGCUAACCGAUUUCUUUUGGUGGGCGUUCUGCAGAGCAGUGGCAAAGCCUUGAGAAAAGGGCUCAAUGAGAGGCGGACCAUUAAGGGCCACAAAGCAGAAGCCCACCUGGCCUAGUCUGGAAACAGGAUUGAUUGUGGCCAGCAUGGACCUUAUUUGUAUUUAGCAUCGGGAGGGGUUUAGCUCUAACAGCCUUUUUUUGUUUCUGUACUACAAACAAUGCGCUGUUCGGAUUGUUGAACUGGGACCGGAGACCAAAUUACUAACAGGAAUAGAUUUCAAAGAGCAUAUUAUAACACAAUGGCUUUGAGAUGAGAGCGAUGCUGUGAAGCAUUGACUUGGCGUUGCGCUGUUCCUGUAUAUUAUUAAUCGGAAGAGGGUUUUAAUUUGAUGAUCCUUUUAGUAAGAGGGUUUCUCAUCAUGCUGUGUACUUUGUGAAUUAAUAAAUUAUUCAUAUACAGGAUAUUAAAAAUGUGUGUCAAACACUAGAGGUCCGUCAUCUAAAGCUUCUAUUUUUUAGAUAUUUCUAAUCUCAUCAGUGAUAUUUUACACUGGAGAAGAAGGGUGUGUUGGAAAACGGGAGUCCGAAAAUAAAAUCGCUUGACAUGUCUAACCUUUUUCUUUCAAGGUGCUGUUGUUUAUGUUUUAACUGAUGUCUCUUUAAGUUUAGAGCAGGUUCAGGUUAAGAAUAGCUGGCUAAACCGACAACCCUGCACUCGCAGCCCAUUCAUCUGCUGACUUACAGUACAUCCACAAAGCUCCUCCUAUGGACCUGGAGCGUGAGAGACAGAAGCAGGCCAGAGCUUUAACAUGAUGAAUAUACAAGCUGAGAAGCAUUGAUCCAGGCAAAUGAAAUAGUAGCACAGGGAUUGCGUGUAGAGGUAAGACCAGCACUUUACACAGCAGGGUUGUAGGAAAGAGAAGGAAGGAUUGGACGCCUUAAUGUCACCACCUGUUUCUCUAUCCCUCUUGUGUUUACAAAUAGUGUCGCAUCCAUAAAAGUGAGCGUUUCUGCUGAGUCUCUUACAUCUGGACCAGUCAGACUGGUUGGCUGUAUGCCAAAGUUCUUGUUAGACAAGUGGAAUCUGUUUGCCUGAGGUAGGACUGGGUGAUAAAUAACUGUAAUUAUUGUGAUAUAAUUGUCCUUGAUAAAUAAUAUCAAGAGUUUGAUAAAUGUUUAUGCUGCAAAAGUGAAAUGAAACAUUUGAGCUGCGCCACACGGACCAUUUAUCCGCUCGGCUCACUAGAGCUUACUAGAGCAGAUGCGUUUACGCGCUGUGAGAUUCAGUGUGAAGUGCAUGAAUUCAGUGAAGAACACAAAUGAGUCAGUGAUUAUUAAACUAGUUUAAUGCCAGAUGAAACAGCGCUGACAAACACUGUGUAACAACCGGAUCUCAUGACGAAAAUGUACCUGUGGGAAGACGUGAGACGUGAAAUACGUACUGCCAUGUAUUUUUCGUGACACAUUCGAUUCCAAAGAGCGUUUAUUUGUUUUUUUUUCUAUGGAACAGAUGAAUGAACAUAUGGUACGUUAUAAGUGACAUUUGGUUUUGUACAUCUCACUGCAGUUCUGACUUGAAAUAUCAGUUGA